AUUACCUUUAGGUCACCGGCAUUUUGAUUCAAAAUGUCGUCGGACGCCCAAAACUAUUCUGGGGAUGAGGGAGAAGAGUACAACAGUCCUUAUAGAAAAAAUCCUCCUCGGGUUCGGAAGAAAAGUCGGUAUUACGAUGACGACUACUACGAACCUCCAACUAGUUACAAACCUCGUGUACUUCAUUCUCCAAGGCCUCAAGUACAAGCAGAGGAGAUGCCACAAAAAGUUAGGAAGCCUGUAAAAAUGCAUAAAUCUAUGAUUGGCCAUAUGCCAUGGCGAUCCCAGAUGCAUCACCCAGAAAGACGACUAGCGCAAGCAAAUGCUGUUCGCUUACGUAAUGUCCUUAAGCUCCCAAAAGCCCACAAAUGGGUAUUUUAUGAAUGGUUCUACUCAAAUUUGGACAGACCUUUGUUACUAGGUGAGAAUGAUUUCCGUAUCUGCCUCCGUGAAAGUUUCCCAAACGUUAAAACUCGACGAUUAUCCCGUGCACAUUGGUCAUUGUUACGCCGUUUGAUGGGGAAGCCACGACGUUGUUCUACUGCAUUUUUCGACGAAGAGCGUCGUUCGCUAAACGAAAAGCGAGAGAAAAUACGUACUCUGCAAACCACGCGUUCUGUCCAGCUGGAGUUCUUAAGAGAUUUACCAGAUGAUAUGCAUGUCCCUAUGCCUUUAAUAAUUGGGACUAAAAUAACAGCCAGGGUUCGUUAUCCAACAGAUGGUUUAUACACUGGAAAAGUAGACGCUAUUGACGCAUUACGACAUUGCUAUCGUGUAACUUUUGACAAACCUGCUCUUGGUACUCGUUCCAUACCUGAUUAUGAAGUGUUAAGUAUAUUACCACAAGAAACUAUCCCUCUAUCGGCGUAUAAAACUCAACAUAAAGCUAGUCGUAAUCUUUUUAUGAGUCCUGCUCGACUACUAGCACAGUCAGCUUUACAGGGUAAACGUCAUCACUUGCAUCAUCAUAAAUUUGGACAUGGUGCAGGUCAAGGUGGUCUUGGUAUUGGUGGAUCUGGUGAUUUAACUGUUCACGAUUGUCCGUUAUGUCAGUCAGAAGCGGCAGCGGCUGCAGCCGGUGGUAGUGGUGGUGCAGCAGCCGGUAGUAAUACAGCCAUGAGAGCAGGCUUUAUGUCAGGUGCUAGUAGUCUUCUGUCUACUCCACUGAAACUACCAGCAAUUAGUAGUGGUGAUGUCGCUGCGACAAUGGGUAGUGCUGCUUUAUCCCUGAAUAACAGUGAACCAUCCGGUGGUCGAUUAUUACUCAAUGAAGCUGAUAUUUAUGGCGGUUAUCCAAUGAAAUUUCUAGUCAUGGUGACGAAAUUAUCUAAAAUAUUAGAAGUUAAAAAGCGUUGUGUUGAUGAAUUACAAGACUUAAAUGAUGAAGCAGAACGUAAGAUUUCAAAUAAAGCUGAACUCUCGUUAGAAUUUCAACACAACUAUCUUACACUAGUUAUGCAUUUAGAACGGUUAAAUAAGGAAUUGAAUCAAUAUUUGGCGCAUGUCUUACAAUACGCUAAUGAGAUUGCUCAAGAACACGGUGUAACACCACUGGAACAAACCUCUGAUUUUAAACAACGAUGUGAGGAGGAUGCCUAUGAAAUGCUUUCACGAAUAAGGACUAUGCGGUCUCGAAAAUUCCGUGAUGUAAACUUAAUUGAUCUAGCUACAAAACUUAUCGGUAUGCUUGUACAAAUUCGUACGCUAACUGAACAUGAAGAGUCGACUAAUGAUUGUUCUAGCAUACAACAAUCUUUACGGGAACUUAAAUCAAGUCUGCAUUGCAGUAAUAUUCAAGUAUUUGAAGACAGAGUAGAAGUUGCUAUUCGUUAUGUAAUGGGCGGUAUGUGUUCAUUGAGUAACUUGAAUUCAUUUCUCUACAAACAUCCCCGUCAUUUACAAUACUUGUAAAUGAGAAUACUAUUACUACUAAUAGUAAUAUAUUUUGCUCUUUUGUACUAUUAAUCAUAAUACUCAUGAUAAAUGAUAAUACUGCUGAUCACAGGAUAUAAUAUAUGAUGUAUACGAUGAAAAAAAAUUGAUGGAUGUGAUGAAUAAUGUUUACACUAUUAUUAUUGACCUUGUAUAGUUGUGUUUGCGUGUAACUAUGCCUUUUUUUCCAACCCCUUGGUGUUGUUAUGCAAUGCAUUCUAUUGUAUUGUAUAUGGGUGAAGUAACUUGUUGUUCUUUUCUUUCUUCAUUUUGGUCAACUUGUAAUUGUUGUGCUUUUCUCGCUGUAUCUCUCUCUCGCCGUCUUUUUUCUUCUGCCUUUGUUCCUGCGCGCCUCAUCGUACUGAUCCCUCUGUCUCUCUCUGUGUGUCAUGGGAGACAGGCGAUUUAUGCAUAUUUGAUCUGAUUUAAUCACUAUUAUUAUUAUUACUGUACACAAAAGUAUCUGACAAUGCACACCCGUAUCUUCAGUAAUUAUUUAAUUAAUUAAUUAAUCAGUCAGUUGGUCAUGUGUAAUUAAGAUUUACAAUUAAUUAUCAUCUAUUUUGAAUAAUGGGAUGGAAGUAUCUUCCUUCCUUUCUUUCUUUCUGUGAUAUAAGAUUUGGAUUUCUCUUAUUUCCCUAGACGAGUUAAGCUUAUUUUAUUAUUACCACUAACUGAAAUGCAUUCUGAAAGAGAAGUAUUUCUUGACUAGAUGUGACUAGAUGACUUUAUACACAUUGAAGCUGUCCAUUAAACCCUGGUGUUUGGUAGUUUCUGUAGUUGACUAUCGACCAAAGGGCGGGUGUACUGCUCAUCAGUCCGCUCCGUCCUCCUUUAUGGUUGUGAGACCUGGCCACUGAGAGUGGAAGACAUGAAAAGACUAGCUGUCUUUGAUCAUAGGUGCCUGCACUCUAUUUCCCGUGUAAAGUGGCAUAAUAAGGUGAGCAACAUUGAAGUUAGGCGUAGAGUUCUAGGUAAACAGAUGAAAUCAAUCGACGAAGUUGUGAAGUUACAAAGACUGAGAUGGUUAGGACAUGUGUUACGUAUGCCAAGUCAUCGCCUCCCUUGACGAGCAAUGUUAGC